GUCCGAGGGCGCCGCGCCCUUGCCCUGGGCCCGGCCGUGCCCGCCGCCGCCCGGCCGCGUCCCCGCUGCCGUGCCGCCCGGCCGGGUGCAUGCAUUGUGGGCCUCCCGACAUGGUCUGUGAGACGAAGAUCGUGGCCGCCGAGGACCAUGAGGCGCUGCCGGGGGCCAAGAAGGACGCGCUGCUCGCCGCCGCCGGCGCCAUGUGGCCCCCGCUGCCCGCCGCGCCCGGGCCGGCCGCCGCGCCCCCCGCGCCCCCACCUGCCCCGGUGGCUCAGCCUCACGGCGGGGCGGGGGGCGCGGGGCCGCCGGGGGGGCGCGGCGUGUGCAUCCGCGAGUUCCGUGCGGCCGAGCAGGAGGCGGCGCGCCGCAUCUUCUACGACGGCAUCAUGGAGCGCAUCCCUAACACGGCCUUCCGCGGCCUGCGGCAGCACCCGCGCGCGCAGCUGCUCUACGCCCUGCUGGCGGCGCUGUGCUUCGCCGUGAGCCGCUCGCUGCUGCUGACGUGCCUGGUGCCGGCCGCGCUGCUGGGCCUGCGCUACUACUACAGCCGCAAGGUGAUCCGCGCCUACCUGGAGUGCGCGCUGCACACGGACAUGGCGGACAUCGAGCAGUACUACAUGAAGCCGCCCGGCUCCUGCUUCUGGGUGGCCGUGCUGGAUGGCAACGUGGUGGGCAUUGUGGCUGCACGGGCCCACGAGGAGGACAACACGGUGGAGCUGCUGCGGAUGUCUGUGGACUCACGUUUCCGAGGCAAGGGCAUCGCCAAGGCGCUGGGCCGGAAGGUGCUGGAGUUCGCCGUGGUGCACAACUACUCCGCGGUGGUGCUGGGCACGACGGCCGUCAAGGUGGCCGCCCACAAGCUCUACGAGUCGCUGGGCUUCAGACACAUGGGCGCCAGUGACCGCUACGUGCUGCCAGGCAUGACCCUCUCGCUGGCUGAGCGCCUCUUCUUCCAGGUCCGCUACCACCGCUACCGCCUGCAGCUGCGCGAGGAGUGACCGCCGCCGCUCGCCCGCCCGCCCCCCCGGCCGCCCUGUCCGCCUCGCCCGCCUGCCCGCCGCCC